AAUGCUUCGUAUGUGUGUGUGUGUGUGUGUGUGUGUGUGUGUGUGUGUCUCAGACUCCUCCCCUGCUGACAGCGGUAUGCCCUGAUGAUGGGGCAGUGUCCUCAGCGUGCAUUUUCAUUUAUUUUACAAAUUAAAAAACUGAGGCACAGAGAAGAAAGAAGGAAUGAUUAGUGUAUGAAGUGGUGUUUGAGUUACUUACCAUUUUUUCUCCUUAUCCAGAUCUGUUCCCAUUCCUGUGGUAGAUUGGUUAAAGGCCAUUGAUUACUCCCUUCUCUAUUCAUACCCCUUUGUGAUGCGACUUUGCUCUUCUUCUCACUCAGAGCUCUUUGAAUCCGGGCUGGGCUUGUGACUUGAUUUGGCCAAUAGAAUGCAGUAUAUGGAGUGCUAUGCAGUUUCUGAGGCUAGGCCUCAAGAGAUUGUAUCUUCUGCCUUGGCUCUCUUGGAACACUGCCGCGAGACCACCAUGUAAACUGCUCUGGCCUACCAGUGGAUUAAAAGCCGCAUGCAGAAGAACCAUGGCACUUAGCCCUCAGCCAGUACUAAAUGCCAGGCCUUGGAGUGACCUUCCAGUUGAAUGCUGCUCAUGAGUGAUUCAAGGGUUGAUGGUAACACGGUGACAUUUAGAACAAUCACUCAGGCUGCCAACAUAGAGGAUGGAUUGGAGAGUGGAGGCAGGGAGACCCAUUAGGAGGCUGUUGCAUUAGUUCAGGCAAGAAGUGAUGAGGGCUGAACCAGGGCGAGAGCAGUGGAGACGGAGAAGAGGGGAAGGGAUAGAAUAUGUUACAGAGGCGUCAUCACCAGGCUGAUGGGAUGUAGGGUGUGAAGGAGUGCAUAGGGUAGAGAACAAUGCCCAGGUUUCUGGCUUCGUUUCCACCUGUAGACAGCCGUCCAGAUUCUGCCUCUCUACCCGGGCUUUUGUGAGGAUGAAGCGGUAUAACGACAGGGAAGUGCUUUAGAAAUGGCCAUGCUACAAACCCAUCAUCACCUACACUAUCAUAGAAGCUCUCUGAUCACCCUAGUAAGUUCAGUGUAUGGAACGAGGCGUGAGAAUUAAGAUAAGUCAUGAUAGUCACCCAGAUAUUGGGGAGCGCCAGGCCCCGAGAUACCUCGGAUUUCCUACACCUGCCCAGAGCCGGGGGCCCGGCGAAUAGGGACUCCGCCCCUGGGCGGGGCAUGGGUGGGCCCUGGUCGCGGUGGUGGCCCAGCCCAGCUGCAGCCCGAGCCUCAGCCCGAAGUCGCUGCGGUGGGGACCAGACCCGCCCCGCACCGCCCUGCUCCGCGAACCCACUGCGCCUCUUGCCGCCCGCCGCCAGGUCCAGCGGUUCCGCGGCGCUGCCAGGGAGCGAGCCGCUCGUCCUCACCCGGAGUCCCAGAUGGCUUCAGUGACUGAUGGUAAAGCCGGAGUCAAAGAUGCUUCUGACCAGAAUUUUGACUACAUGUUCAAACUGCUCAUCAUCGGCAACAGCAGUGUUGGCAAAACAUCCUUCCUCUUCCGCUAUGCUGACGACACCUUCACCCCAGCCUUCGUCAGCACCGUGGGUAUUGACUUUAAGGUGAAGACAGUCUACUGCCACGAGAAGCGAGUGAAGCUGCAGAUUUGGGACACGGCUGGACAGGAGCGGUACCGGACCAUCACCACAGCCUAUUACCGUGGAGCCAUGGGCUUCAUCCUGAUGUAUGACGUCACCAAUGAGGAAUCCUUCAAUGCUGUCCAAGACUGGGCUACUCAGAUCAAGACCUACUCCUGGGACAAUGCACAGGUCAUCCUGGUGGGGAACAAGUGUGACAUGGAGGAAGAGAGGGUUGUUCCCACCGAGAAGGGCCGGCUCCUCGCAGAGCAGCUGGGGUUUGACUUCUUUGAAGCCAGCGCCAAGGAGAACAUCAGCGUGAGGCAGGCCUUCGAGUGUCUGGUGGAUGCCAUUUGCGACAAGAUGUCUGAUACGCUGGACACAGACCCCUCCUUGCUGGGCACCUCCAAGAACACCCGUCUCUCGGACACCCCGCCACUGCUGCAGCAGAGCUGCUCAUGCUAGGCAAGGCCCACUGUCCUGAUCUCCCUUCAUUGUGGCACCGCACCCACUUUGCUUCUCCGUUAUACUCUGUCUUCCCUCAGCUGAUUUGCUGCUGUUCCUUGCCUGCAGUGAAAGUGGAAGCAUGCCCCUGGGGUUCUCUAUGGAUGGCCCCACUCACAGACACUCAGCACUAGACUAACUAGGUCAUAAUGUGGGCAGAGGUUCAUUUUACAAAAGGAGAAUCCACUUUAUGAAGGGGAUUCACUACAGGGACUUGGAAAAGCGAAUCUCUUUCCUGCCUUUAAAAUAAGAUUUCCUCCCUUGACCAAAAUUUGACACACCCACGCACACUUUUCAGGGCCUGGCCAACUGUGUAAAGUGAGACACACCUGCAUAGCUAAUCCUUUUGAAAAAUACCUCUCCAUACACAACCUGCUUGUUUCAUAUCAGGCUCCCUGUGGGGCUUCCUCUCACCACCAGACAAGCCUUGUUUCUCAAAGCCCUCGCCUGUUACCACGGAUGCCCACAGGGCCUGGGCAGUUGCUGUGGUGACAGGCCAGAGCUAAUCUCCAGAAAGCUCAGCCUCUCUAAAUGAUGCUGAAGGAGCAAAGGCUGAGUCAGAAACACAUUUAAAAGAAAAAGAUUAUCCCCUGCAAAAUGUCAAAGGUUCCUGCUAUAUGAAAGAGCAAGUGCAUGAGCUCAAGAAAGACAAAGAGAGAAAAAGAGAAACACAGGCAAGAUAAACAGGUCACGAAUUUCUGAUUUUGCUGCUUUCCAGUAGGUUCUUAACUGUGGAACUCCAUGACAUUGGUCAUUGGUUCUUAGACUCCCAGAAUCUGAAAAAUUUAUAGUUGGUGGAAUCCCAAAUUUUACCAGGUCUCACUAGUCAAUUCCAAUCUUCAUGUCUCUGACAAUUGGCUGUCAAGCCUCACAGCCAAAUCUCUUCUAAAGCAUACCUUCUAGGCAGGGAUGGGAGCUCAGUUUCCACACCAUCUUUGGCCAUCUCUCAUAAUCAGAAAGUUUUCCUUGCUUUAAGCUGAAAUCUGCCUCCUGGAAAUUCUUCUUCCUCUUCCCACUCCGUUUGUACCAGCUCUGCUGUCAGAGACUUCACAGUCUCUGCUCCCUCUGCCCCGUGACACCCUUAGAUGAUUUGAGAACAGAAAUCAUGACCCCUGGAAUCUGCCCUUUCUCUAAAUCAAAUAGUUCUAAUCCCAUCUGCCCUUCUUCUUAGGGUCUUCUCCCCAUCCUGCCCUUUCCUCCAGCCCAUGUUUCAAUCACUCUUGAGUAGUCCAACUGGGAAAUGUGAUUCAAAGCAGAAUAAAUCUAAGGGGGUAUGACCCUGAAAAAAUUGGGAAAAGUGAACUCAGAGGUCCCAAUCCUAACCUCAUUCUCCUGAGGGUGAAAGCUUAGUUUCUACCGAAGAGCAGAUGUGAAACUCCUUCUGGUGGAAGCCACUUAAUUAAACACCCAAAGAAAACAAAAAACACGCCUCUGACACCAGCAACAAACUGACUGCAUCAGUUCAUGGUUCUAGCUUGUUUGGACACAGGCACAUGUUUGGUUUUUAACUGAAAUAAUGAUGUGGAGCUAGCAACGAUUCCUGAAAAUCUUUCCUCCCAGCCUUGGCCUGAAUCCCCAGCUUGACACUUCAGAAGUCAGUGGGGGAGGAGGGAGAGUCUCUCCCAAGUUUUCUCUCCAUUUUAAAUGCAGCUUAUUUUCCUAGGAAAGUGCAUUAACUAGCAACAGGUCCAAUGACUACAUAAAAGGACCCUUCAGGGUCAGCUCUGUGGAGAUGUUGCCUUCUUUGACACAGUGCAGAGGAUGGCGCUUUGGACUUGGAAUCAGGAGACUCAGACUCUGCCCUUAAAUCAAGUGUGACUCUGGACCAGUUAUUCCCCAUCACUGAGUCUUGAUUUCCCACUUAUAAAAUGAGGGAGGUGGGCUUCCCUGGUGGCGCAGUGGUUGAGAGUCUGCCUACCAAUGCAGGGGAUGCGGGUUCGUGCCCCGGUCCGGGAGGAUCCCACAUCCCGCGGAGCGGCUGGGCCCAUGAGCCAUGGCCGCUGAGCCUGCGCGUCCGGAGCCUGUGCUCCGCAAUGGGAGAGGCCACAAAAGUGAGAGGCCCGCGUACCGAAAAAAAAAAAAAAAAAAAAUGAGGGAGGUUACGUGGGUAAUCUUUCGGGUCCCUUCUGGCAUGAAUAACUCUUGAGACUCUUUUUUUUCACCUUCAACAUUUCUGUUGAUCUGCAAAAUAAACCCAAGAGAUGAGGACUAUCACCCCAAUAUCACUGAGGCUAAUACUGUUGUCAUGCUUACUCAAUACUAGCCAUUGCUCCAAGCACUUAACAUGUAUUAACUCAUUUAUCUUUCCAACAUCCUUGUGAGGGAGGCAUUAUAAUCAAUCUCAUUUAAAGACAAGGAAAUUAAGGAACAAAGAGGUUCUCUAGCUUGCCUAAGGUCACAUAAUGAGUAAGUGGUAGAGCUGGGGUUCAAAGCCAGAAAGUAGGCUCCAAGGUCUGUGCUUUUCACCACAUUCUGUACUAGGUUUCUUAUAGUACAGUGAUCCAAAGAAGUUAAGAGACUUGGCCAAGAUCACACAACUAGCAAGUGUUAGAGCCACAGUAGCAUUCAAUCCCAAGGCCAUCAGAUUCCAAGUCUACUGGAGAAAAGACUUAUGUCUCCAAUCUGUUAAUAAAUUUUUCAGCUACUCAGACUAAUCUGAGGUGAUAGCUGUCUAACGCUUCUGGGAAGGAGGCUCUGAGGCAACCAGGUCCCAUGGGCCUGAGCAAAAAAAUGCCCAUGUUUCUGAGGCCUAAGUGCUGGCUUUCCCUGUAUCUGCCUCUGUCAGGCAAUUCUUAUCUAGCUCUCAAGCAGUGCUGCGAGCAGCCUCCCUGCAUCAGCAAUGGGGCAUAAGUUUAUAAAGUUCUCUGACAAUGGAAGAAUGCGGUCCCUUCCCAGGGCAGUGUUCUGAAUGUGCUCUUUACACUGUAAAGUCCUCUACAGGUCAGGAAUAAUUACUAUUUUUCUGGUCAGUAACACCCAUCUACCCAAGUACUAGGAUUUCAGACCAAGCUCCUCAUGACCCCUGGGUAUGUUAGUACAUAUAUCCAAUAAUCCUUUCUCUCCUACUGAGUAUCCAGGCAAAAAUCGAAUUUUUUACUUAAAAACUGUCAAAUUCCUAAUAACUCAGGUGCCAGUUCAAGGGAACAGGCAUCUUCACAACAGAUGGAAUCAACAGUUAAAUGUAAUAGUGACAAACUCUUCUACCGGGCAACAAACAGAUCUGCUUGUUAGAUGGCAAUUCCCCAGCCUUGCUCUGUGACCUCGUUUCUGCCGAGUGGAAGGCAGCAGCUUCCAGCUGAUGGCAGUGAACGUUCUUCGAUCAUGGUAAUAGUGCAAUUAGGUUCAAGCUGCAUAAUAUAUGUUUAUGGCAACUUGUCCCAGUUUUCAUCUUGCUUAACAUUCCAAAUAAAAGAAGAUUAAAAAAAACCUCUUGACCUCUAAAAAGGCAAAAGUAGGUCAAAAGUGCAAUACAAUAUUGUAGCUAUUUAUAGAAUCUGUUUUAAAUGCAUGUGUAUCUGUAAAUACAAAGUGAUUGGUGACUUACUACUGUCUCCUCAGUCUGUAACUUCUAGGAGCAGCAAUGCUCCUAGAUUGUAGAUUGUACUAAAUGGUCACAGACUCAUUAAAUAUUAGAUCUGGAAGGGAGCUUAGAAAAAAUCUUGUCCAGGCUCCUCUUUGUACAAAAAGGAAGGUUGAGGUCCAGGGAGGGGGAGGAAAUUUUCUAAGGUCACUCUGUGGGUGGAUUAGUGAUGGAGCCAGGACUAGGUCUUGGAUUACCUCUAGGAAGAAAUUCACCUAUUCUGUAUCUACUAUAGGUCUGGCACUAUUAAACACUGGAUAAAUAUAUAUGAAAACAAAUGGUCCUUCCCUGCAGGUACCUAUAGUCUAAGGGAGGUGCUGUUUCUGAAAUAUUAUUAUCCCAAUUUGGCAGGCAAGGAAACAUAGCCUUGAAAAAGUUAACAUGCCUAAGUCAUUCAUUAGUAUCAUUUGAACCCACCUCAGUCUGACUCUUGCUCUUUCAAUUUUCCUCUUCAGACUGUAUAUUUGAGGUGUUGGUAGUGACAGAUUUCCAAAGAUUGUCAGAAUUAAACAGCCUCACUUGGGACAUUGGUUUCACAAUUGUUUUGUGACUGCAGCCUUAUAAUGUCCACAGAAUGAUAUGAACUUUCUCCAGACCUGACUUUCCCAGUUACACCACCUGCUCCAAGCUCCUUGCUUAUGUAUCAAGCUUCCUAUAGUGUCUUGAGGAAUGUUCAUUUGAGUUUGUUUGCCAAUAGUUCGGUGUAAGUAGAAGGAAUUACAGCAACAAAUGUCCUGGAAUCUCAUUGAUUUCAGAUUCCCCAUCCCAAACCUACACCUGAUUACCUGCCACAGCUGGAGAAUCAAGCAACAGCCUGUGACUGGGAGUGCCUGCAAGAGACAGGCCCAUUGGAUACAAAUACUUUUAAGUGAUGGUUUUGAAGGCCUGGAUCCCUUAUAUGAGGUAGGAAAAAUUCAAAUUUAUUCAUUGAACAAAUUAGUGUCUAGUAUGUGCCAGGAUACAAUCAGUGGUAAAUUAGACACAAUCUUUGCCUUCAUCAAGCUUAUGGCCCAAUAGCUUGUAGUUGAGUCUAGACAUUGUAAAAUUAUCACCCAAAUAGAAUUACAAAAUGCAGUGAAGGAAAGCUACAUCAUUCUAUGAGAACACGUAACUGGAAAACCUGAAUCACCUAUGUGGAGCUGUGUCAGGGGCCUGAGGAAGACUCCACUGCCCCUGGCCAUCGCUUUACAUUUCUCAAUUAAGCUUUCACCUUUUAGUUUAAACCUUUGAUGGCUGAUUGAACACAAAUCCUCCAAAAAGAGUAAGAGUAAGAGGGAAUUCCCUGGUGGUCCAGUGGUUAGGACUCUGGAUUUAAUCCCUGGUC